AUGAGUUGUCAAGUCUUUUCUUCAGCUGACACCUUUAUCCCCUUGACUUCUGACUCGUCUCCCACUCUGCCUCUGAUAAUGCAUCAUAGUGCUGCAGAGUGCUUACCCGUCUCCAAUCAUGCCACUAAUGUGGUUUCUACAGGUAUUGUUUCUCUUAUUCCAACCCUUAAAUAUGCCCAUAUAUGCUUUUCCAUGGCUACUAUGGGAUAUAUGCCAUCAGGUCUACAUUAUUCUGUUCCUUCUUGUCAUUAUGGAAACCAACAAACUGCAUAUGGGAUGAUGGCAGGUGGUCUCACUCCUUGCCUGUAUAAAUUCCCUGAGCAUGCUCUAAGUGCCAGUUCAUGUGCUCUAGGCCACAGCUUUACUUCCAUGCACCCGUCUCUACUUGGAGCUGAUCCUACCACUGAUUUUAAGCAGGAAUUUCGGAAGAAGGCCAAGUCACUUGAUGAACCAAUAGAUAUGGAUUCUCCAGAAAUUAGAGAGUUGGAGAAAUUUGCCAAUGAGUUCAAGUUGAGAAGAAUUAAGCUAGGUUAUACACAAACAAAUGUUGGAGAAGCUCUAGCUGCAGUGCAUGGCUCUGAAUUCAGCCAGACUACUAUUUGCCGGUUUGAAAACUUGCAACUGAGUUUCAAGAAUGCCUGCAAACUAAAAUCCAUAUUAACUAAGUGGUUGGAGGAAGCAGAACAAGUAGGAGCUCUAUACAAUGAAAAAGUUGGCAUGAAUGAACGGAAAAGAAAACGCAGAACCACCAUUAGUAUUGCCGCGAAAGAAGCCUUGGAAAGCCAUUUUACAGAACAAAGCAAGCCUUCAUCUCAGGAGAUCAUGAGGAUGGCAGAGGGGCUGAAUCUGGAAAAGGAAGUGGUGAGAGUUUGGUUCUGCAAUCGGAGACAAAGAGAAAAGAGAGUGAAGACAAGUUUACACCAGAACACCUUUAAUUCCAUUAUUAAGGACCAUCAAGAGUGCUAGUAGAAUUCUUUCCACAGACAAAUGGAUUUCUUAGUUUUAACUAUUUGAAAAACUUCUUGUCCCGCCAUACCAACAAAGAAAGUAGUAUACUACCUUUAUUAAUGUAUUUAAUAAUGAAAGUUUAACUUCAUGUAUUUCCGUAAGUACCUUUACUUAAUAGAAGGCAUUAAAACUGUAUGCUUCAAAAAUGAUUGACACUUCAGGAACACUUCACACCUCCCGGCUAUUCAUUAAGAAACUCCUUUCUCUUCAGGAUUCUCUACCAGCUGGAAAAAGAAGUCUAGCUAUUUAAAAGUCAUAUCAACUUUGAAUUAUCAGGGCUUGUGCAACUUCUAGGGCAUUGUUCAAAAUCAUUGGUGAAGGAUCUAUUGCUCUGGAAGUCCCAUCAUAUUAGUGCAGAAAGACAAGAUAUUUGGAAAGCUCAAAAACAGGCAUUUUUCCCCCUCUUAUGAAGACUGCUUGGUUAAUUUAUUGCCUGCAUUUUUAGUUUUUGCAAGAAGUAAUUUUUGGUGCUGAAAAGAUAAACAUCUUUAAUAUUUGUUAAAAAUAUCAAUUAAAUAUACCAAUAAAUUAAAUAAUAUGUUUUUAUAUUUAAUUAAGCCCAAUUUUUUUGAAAAUGGCACAUUGAUGAUUAAAUAGGAAGCAUUAUGCCAGGUCUCAUUUGGAAUUUGGACAUCCAGUUGUUAGCAAAUGGUUAACCUGGGAGUCUCUAUGCCAUUCACCAAAUGGCUAUCACAAAACCACAUCACCCCUGAUCCCAACCCCAAAUCAAGUAAACAAACAAAAAAGUGGGAAUGUGAUGAUGGUAUCUAUAUACUGUAGUUGUUUAAUCCAAUAUUUUAUUAGCACCAUUUUAUAGUAAGAUAAAUUAGUGUAGUAUGUUUCAACAUUAAGUAUUUCGCUCUCUUAUGAGAGUGAGAUUUUGAAGGAGGGAUAAAAAAAUUGCAGAAAUUCCUAAAGCAGGAAUUGAGAGAUGAGAAAACAAACAAACUGAAAUUGAAAAGUUGCCAAGUUAAAUUCUGCCUCAUAUUGGGUACAUUUUUCCUGUCUACUUCUUCUUUUAGCUGUUCCCUUUCAGCAAUCUGCAGUUAUAGAAUAAUUAAUUUUUAAACAUAAUUUUCAAUAUUUCAGCUGAGGUAGUAUUUUUAAGAUUUUUUUCACCAGAUGCAUUAUUUCUCCUAGUAAUUAAGUUUAUUCUAUUCAAAUUGUUACAGAUGUUUUCAAAGCCAAAAAAAAAAAAAAAAAACCCACAGAUUUUAAAAAAUUGCAUUUUUUUCAAAAAUUCAUGUAUUAUUAAUUUAACUAAUAUUAAGGAUCUGAAUAUAGGAAAGUACAGAUGAGAAGAUUAACAGAAUAUAAAUAUUUUUUUUUAAAAAAAGGUCACAUCUAGUUUUCACAUGUUGUAUAACAUAAUUCUGCUCAUGCCUGUACCGAAGUUCCAUUAAAUUAAAUGGAGCUUACUUUUAGGUACUAGUAUGUAAAUUGCAGCCAAAGUAACUAAUUGAUAGAUUUUAGAUCAUUAUGCAGUAAUACAAAUUAAAUCUAUCAGAUUUAAUUGGCAAUAGUUAAAGACUUUUAUUUCAUUUUUACACCAUGAAAGCUCACACAACCUUAUCACAUUGGGAUAUACUGUACUAAACAUUGUUGUAGUUAUAAAAUCCAAUUUCAUGAUACUUAAGUGAUGUGACGCUUUGACACAAUGCAUAAUUAAAUAAUUGCUUCCUUUUAAAAUUGAAUGCUACAUUCUCAUUGCUGUUAACAUUCUAUUUUCAUAUAAUUCUUGGCCAAAUAAUAUAGCCUCAACAAUUAUUUUGUUAUGUUAUUCAUUGACUCAUCCUUUGCACCUGUAAGAUUAGUGUCAAGUCUACAAUGCAGUUUGAAAAAAAUACAAAAUACUCUUACAACCUGCUCAUCUAUUGCUACACAGUUCAAGUGAAUUAUUUGUCCUGUAACACAGGGGUCCCCAACCCCCGGUCUGUGGACCAGUACCGGGCCACGGCAUGCCAGCAACCAGGCCGCACAAACAAGCAAAGCCCCAUCUGCAGGAUGCAGGUAGCACCCUCCGGUCUGCAGAAAAACCUCUCUCCCCUUAACCUGUCCCUGGUGCCCAAAAGAUUGAGGACCUCUGCUAUAACACAUAUAGCAUGUGUUACUUAACCAUGUUAGGCUCAAUUUAAAUUCAAAUUCAUUAACUUCAGUUAAGCCAGUGAGCAACAUUCAAGUGUAAAAAUGGAUAUAGAGCAUAUUAUAUUGGACAAUAAAGCAUAUUUUGCAAAGUAACAUUUGUUUAAUGAAAAAUGUUGCAUGUUAUUUAUGUACAAAUGCUAUUGCAGGAAAAAGAUUAUCUUUUUCAGGUGUUACAUACUCCACACCAAUCAUGGAGUUCACAUAAUUUCAGUGUUAACUUAAGUUAAUGGCUUACAUUACUUUUUUCACAAUUCAAAACUUAAUUAAAAGAAACCAAGCAUUAUAUACACAAAGGCACAGACUCCUCUUCAAGUCAGCUAUAUUACAGUACAAUGGAAAUUAUUCAAUAUUUUCCUUUCCAAUAUUUUUUGCUAACAGAAAAUUAUUUUAGACCAGAGCCCUGUCUCCAGAAGUUUCACUAAUUGGAUACCAAUACCACUCCAGAAUUUAUAAUGGAAACACAUGUAUCAUUUUAACAUUAAACUGAACUAAAUUGUUAAAAAGUAUUUAUCAAAAGACUCCCUAAAUUUUUACUGAAAUUUUUGUAAUCAUUCUGCUGAAGAUAGCAACUGUCUCUUCCCAUUCAGAAAAAAACAAGGCUUCAUUUUAAGUAAUGUUAUUUCUUAAGAAGUGUUUACAAUUGAAACAGAGCAGAAAUGUUUUCAGAAAGGCUGCUUGUAAUAAUUUACAAAAUGUAGAAAUCUAAAGAUGAGUGGAAUAGUUAUCAAGUUAAAUAAUUGUUGUCCAAAAACUAAACUGAAGAAAUCAAAAUUGAAAUCAUAUGUAAUAAAUGGCCUGUUAACAAAAUAUCCCAAUUUAAUAAAAGAUAUACAAAUUCUUCAUCACAUAUAUUUUUCUGUUCUCUUUCUCUCAAGUUUAGUUCGUCCAGCUGUCUUUAGAAAUGACCAUUACCAAUAAUGGCUUAGGCGAGAUUUGCAAUGAAAUCUGGUUUUUUAUUGAAACCUGUACUGGAG